AAAAGAGCUAGUGGAGGAAAGAUGGCAAAAGGAAGAAAAAGUUGAAAGAAAUGUUAAAGAGAAUGUUUGGAUGAAUGUUAAAGAGGAUGUUAAGGUGAAUAUUAAGGGAGAUGUUGAGGUGAAUGUUAAGAAGGAUGUUGAGGCAAAUGUUGAGACGAAUGUUGAGGAGAAUGCUGAGAUGAAUGUUGAAGUGAAUGUUGUUAUAAAUGCUGAGAAGAAUGUUGAGGUGAAUGUUGUUAUAAAUGUUGAGCAGGAUGUUGAGGUGAAUGUUGAGAAGAAAGCUGAAGAAGAAAUUGCACAAGAUUUAGAAAAGGAUAGUGAGCUUGAUAUAAAGGAGGAUAAUGAGAACAGAAACAAUGAAGAUGAAAAGACAUAUAAACACUUAUUUACUUUUGGUGCCUUCAGCAUUCUUACUAAUGCGGCUAAAGAAACUCAUAAGAUUACAAGUUUUUUUAAAGCUACAAAUACAUCUUUAACAAAUGAAGUAUCAUCUAUCAUGGCAUAUGAAGGAAUCAACCAACUUUAUGAAUAUUUGGUAAAAAAUGGACAUUUAAUUACAGCCUCUGAAUAUAAUAAACAUCAAGCAGUUUAUGAGUAUCUUGUAUUGUUGAAGAGCAGUUCAUUUUUACUUUCACAACAUGGUAAAUAUCUAAAACACAUGCGACUUGUUGAUGAUGAAAACAUUGCAAUGCAAUUCAAUAAUUUGCUAGAACAAAUUAGAGAUAAAGUGAUUCCUAUUUUUAAAGCAAAUUUUUCUAACGCAAUAGCCAUCUUUGCCUUCGACAAUAGUACAAACCAUGGAGCAUAUGCAGAGGAUGCUUUUAUUGCUGCAAGAAUGAAUCUAAAACCUGGAGAAAACCAAUCAAAAAUGCAAUUGACAACUUUUGUAGAUGCUGAUGGAUGA